CAGCUCUGAAAGAAAUUAGUCAAGGGGUGUCUUAUCUGUGGGUCAGAGAGCAGAGGGAUGGGAGGAGACCAGAAACAUAUUCAUGAAAUGUCAAACUCAACUCAGACACAUGUAACAAUGGAAGACGAAGAGCUCCCGCUGACUACUGUACCAGGAACAGGUGACGCAGAGAACAAUGACACUUGCAAUCAAGUAGUAAUCAGCAGCACUGAGCAGGACACUGUUUCCUGCUGCAAAGAAAAACACUACAGGAAACUGGCCAUCUGCAGCAUCAUCUGUGGGAUCUCCUGCAUCGGAAUCAAAGCUCUGAUAUACUCUGUCAAGGCCGAGACGUCGAGAGAUCCAGCGGUAAUGGAAAAGUUUUCACAACGGGCGAAAAAGUUCAGCAUCAUCUCCCUCGUGACUUGGUUCUCCAUUCUGGCAAUAAUUCCCUUGCUAAUGGCACUGAUCUCAUAUCUUCUCACUUUGCAAGACUGAUCAUCCUCUGCAGGAAAUAACCCGUGGAGUGGCUCUUCUUCAGAUUCUGUUCAUGGAGACAGACAGUGGACAGUACAAAGCUGCUCAUUAAGAAACUGGAAGUUACACGAACAUAAAAAAAGACUGCUGUAGUUUCUUUUGUGCUGAUAGACUGCUACGCAAGGAACAAACACUUUAGAAGAUGGUAUUAAAAACCUUGCAACUUUUACAUUUUUUAUACGCUGUAAUAUUUAUUCAACAAUAUAUGAACAUAUGCACAAUUCCAAAUUUAAAUGAACAUAUAAAAUCCAGCAUUGCCUAUAGUCUGAAACAUGACACGACAAGACACAUAUACAUAAUGUAUAUUAAAGAUUAGGCCUGUCAUCCUCCAGAAAUGACCCAAUCCUUAAUAUUUCUGACAUUACAGUUUAACAAAUAGUCAUUCUUAGUUAUUGUAUAUACUUGUGGAUACUACAAAAGUUAAUAAAUUAGUCAGUCUGUGAAUCUAUACUGUAACGGCAUACCUGUAUUUAUCAAGGAUUGGGUCUCUGCUGGAAAUAAAAUGGCAUGGCAGUGAUCGUGGCAGUGCUUCACCAGGACGUUACAAGAAGCUGCGCUUGUUGUGCCAACAUUAUCUUGGCUUUAUUGCAUUGUUACCGUAUCAGCUUUAAUAUUGUCAAAUGUAUCCAUAUGUUGUACUUUUAUACAAACAUAUAAACAAUUUUAUAAUAAAAUGACAAAAAACGUU